AUGUUUUCUCGAUUAGUAGUCCAGACAGCAGCGGGUAUUAAUAGGCGGUUCCCAAGAGCUGUUCUUCAGGCACGCUUCUUUACCCAACAGCACCAGAAACAAGCUCGGUCUCGGCUCUUGUCACCUUUUUUUAUCUCUACCACUUCUGCUAUUGUUGCUACCGGUCUCACAUUUGCUGUAAUGUCUACUCAACACCACGAUGAUCUCCUUGAACAAAAGAUUGCUUUGAAUGGCACUGCUGAUCAUGAAGUGGAAGAAGCUACAAAGUACUUGAACAACAUGACUAUUGUCAAGGAAGCACGUUCAAACAAGAAUAUGUUUGAAAUUGAAGCCUACAGUCAUCUCAAUGGUAGUGCCAAACUUCACUCAUUGACAGCCUCGACACUUCGUGGCAAGGGUAAAGUAAUCGUGGCUCCGGUUAUCUUUUACAACAAGUCAAUGACAGAAGUCACGAUUGUCUGUCACUUGGGCACUGAGUUGUGCGGUCAUGACGGCAUCAUUCAUGGAGGUAUGCUGGCCACCCUUUUGGAUGAAGUCUUGGCCUGUGUAGCUUUCCCUGCUUUACCCAAUAACAUUGGCUUUACCGCCAACCUCAACAUUGACUACCGUAAACCUGUCAAGUCUGACCAGUGGGUUGUAAUGCGCGGUCAGCUCGACCGUCUUGAAGGUCGCAAGGCUUAUGUUGAAGCUUGGAUUGAGGAUCUUGAGGGCACAAAGAUGACCGAAGCAAAGUCUCUCUAUGUUGCACCAAAGUCCAUUAUCCCAAAAAUUGGAUCCUAA